UUUUCCCGCCAAAACACCCAAUAUCUUCCUCACUUACUUCUUCUGGCCGCCAUUUCUGCAACUCUCCACUUUCUCUCUCCUCAAUCUCUCUCAUCUUCACCUGCAAAAAAUGCAAUCCAUGAACACCAACAAUGUCGACUACGAACACGAUCGAGGUCUUGCUAAAGAUUUUCUCGCCAACUUUGCUGACGUCCAUGGCGAAGCGAAAUAUAUGAACAUUCUCCAAGAUGUAGCGAAUCGGAAGAGUCGAGCAAUACAGAUAGAUCUGGAGGAUUUGUUUAAUUAUAAGGAAUCAGACGAUGAGUUUGUGAGGAAAGUAACUGAGAAUACGAAGAGGUAUAUUGGAAUCUUUGCGGAUGCUGUUGAUGAGCUUAUGCCGGAGUCGACAGAGCCAUUUGUUGAUGAUGAUCAUGACAUUCUUAUGACUCAGAGGUCCGAAGAAGGGACUGAAAAUGCUGAUGGAUCAGAUCUUUUGCAGAAAAUGCCAGCUGAAAUUAAGCGGUUUUAUGAGGUUUACAUACACGCAUCUUCAAAGGAACGUCCAUAUACAAUUCGAGAAGUCAAGGCUUCAUACAUAGGACAACUUGUGAGAAUAUCAGGGAUCGUGACUCGCUGUUCUGAUGUAAAGCCUUUGAUGCAGGUGGCAGUUUAUACUUGUGAGGAUUGCGGUUUUGAAAUCUAUCAGGAAGUUACAGCCAGAAUUUUCAUGCCCUUAUUUGAAUGUCCAUCAAAACGUUGCAAAACAAACAACUCAAAAGGAAACCUUAUUCUUCAGCUGAGAGCAUCAAAGUUCCUGAAGUUUCAAGAGGCCAAGAUUCAAGAGUUAGCUGAACACGUGCCGAAAGGGCACAUCCCAAGAUCUAUGACAAUCCAUCUAAAGGGCGAAUUGACUAGAAAGAUCGCGCCUGGUGAUGUUGUUGAAUUGUCAGGAAUAUUCCUGCCAAUCCCUUAUACUGGAUUUAGAGCUAUGCGAGCUGGCUUAGUGGCAGAUACAUACUUGGAAGCUAUGUCUGUCACUCACUUCAAACGAAAAUAUGAAGAGUAUGAGCUGAGAAGUGAGGAGGAAGAACACAUUGCUCGCUUAGCUGAGGACGGGGAAAUCUAUAACAAGUUGUCACGAUCAUUAGCCCCUGAAAUUUUUGGGCAUGAAGAUGUUAAGAAAGCCCUACUUCUGCUCCUUUGUGGUGCCCCUCACAGAAAAUUAAAAGACGGAAUGCAAAUAAGGGGAGAUGUACAUAUAUGCUUGAUGGGUGAUCCUGGUGUUGCUAAAAGUCAGCUUUUGAAGCACAUAAUAAAUGUAGCUCCAAGGGGUGUCUAUACAACUGGGAGAGGAAGCAGUGGAGUUGGUUUAACUGCUGCUGUACAGAGAGACCCAGUUACCAAUGAGAUGGUCCUUGAAGGCGGGGCACUGGUGCUCGCGGAUAUGGGUAUAUGUGCUAUUGAUGAGUUUGACAAGAUGGAAGAAUCUGAUCGAACAGCAAUACACGAAGUAAUGGAACAGCAGACAGUAAGCAUCGCCAAGGCUGGGAUCACAACUUCACUAAAUGCAAGGACAGCAGUUCUAGCUGCUGCUAAUCCUGCUUGGGGACGAUAUGAUCUUCGAAGAACACCAGCUGAAAAUAUCAAUCUUCCUCCAGCUCUUUUAUCAAGAUUUGAUCUUUUAUGGUUAAUCUUAGACAAAGCAGACAUGGAUACUGAUCUUGAAUUGGCAAGGCAUGUGGUUUAUGUUCACCAAAAUAAGGAAUCUCCUGCUCUUGGAUUCACUCCUCUUGAACCAUCAGUUCUUAGAGCAUACAUUGCAUCUGCAAGAAAAGUGUCUCCUAGUGUACCUAGGGAGCUUGAGGAGUAUAUUGCUAGUGCGUAUUCCAGCAUACGACAGGAAGAAGCCCGGUCUGAUACUCCCAAUUCCUAUACAACUAUCAGAACUUUACUCAGCAUACUACGCUUAUCAGCUGCACUUGCAAGACUCCGAUUUUCAAGUAUUGUGGAACAAAGUGAUGUUGAUGAGGCACUUAGAUUGAUGCAAAUGUCAAAAUUCUCCUUGUACUCUGAUGAUCGCCAGAAAUCUGGUCUUGAUGCAAUAUCUGACAUUUAUUCAAUCUUAAGAGAUGAAGCUGCAAGGACUAACAGAAUGGAUAUCAGCUAUGCACAUGCUCUUAACUGGAUUUCUCGAAAGGGAUAUAGUGAAGCUCAAUUAAAAGAAUGUUUAGAAGAGUAUGCGACCUUAAAUGUGUGGCAAAUCCAUCCCAAUACUUUCGAUAUCCGAUUCAUUGAUACCUGAAUAUUAUAUAACCAAAUGUAUUAUCAUUAGAUGGUGGAUUCAUGCGUAGACUAUUAUAAAGCUUUUGGUGCUCAUGCUGGGCUGUAAUUUUAGUAGUAGCCGUGAUUCUAGUUUUGUAAUAUUGAGGUAGAAUUUGUUGUUUACAGAGUUGACUGUUCAUACUCUUGAGAUCUGGUGAGCAUCGAAAUAUACAGAUGUUUCUAA